AUGGGCUGUGCUCCAAGCAUCCACAUCUCUGACAGCAGAGUGGUCUAUCACAGUAGCAAAGAGUCUGAGGAGUGCAAUUCCCCUCACCAGACCAACACAACCAUGUCUCAACAGCAGCAAGGCAACCCCGUCCCAGGAUUAUUCAUUAAAUCCUCCAACACAUCCACUUAUAAGGUGAGGACUAAUUCCUCUAAGAAAGACAAGAGGGAGAACAGCCAGAGCAUGGAGGCAGAGACCCAGACCAGCAGAUCCAGUGUUAAGGCACCAGUAACAGAUGUGCAGUUUGGCCCUAUGAGACUUCAUCAAGAUCAACUUCAGGUACUUUUAGUGUUUGCCAAAGAAGAUAACCAGAGUAAUGGGUUCUGUUGGGCAUGUGAGAAAGCUGGAUUUAGAUGUAAUAUUGCCAGGACACCUGAGUCUGCACUAGAAUGUUUUCUUGAUAAACACCAUGACAUUAUCAUUAUUGACCAUAGACAUUCCAGAUACUUUGAUGCAGAAGCAUUAUGCAGGUCUAUCAGAACAACGAAACCCUCAGAAAAUACAGUCAUUAUUGGUGUAGUACGAAGGCAUACCGAUCGUGAAGAGUCAUCAAUAUUGCCCCUGAUCUCUGCUGGCUUCACAAGGAGAUAUGUAGAAAAUUCUAAUAUAAUGGCCUGUUACAAUGAGUUGAUUCAGCUGGAAUUUGGAGAGGUGCAGGCACAAUUCAAACUAAGGGCGUGUAAUUCAUUAUUUACAGCAUUAGAGAAAAGUCAAGAAGCCAUUGAGAUCACAAGUGAAGACCAUGUAAUACAGUACGUCAAUCCUGCUUUUGAAACAGUGAUGGGGUAUCAAAUAGGUGAACUAAUAGGAAAGGAAUUAACAGAAGUGCCUAUAAAUGAAAAAAAAGCUGAUUUCCUAGAUACUAUUAAUUCCUGCAUAAAGAUAGGAAAGGAAUGGCAAGGAAUGUACUAUGCGAAAAAGAAAAAUGGAGAUAGCAUACAACAAAAUGUGAAGAUACUACCUGUCGUUGGACAGGGAGGAAAGAUUAGACACUAUGUGUCAAUUAGUAGACUGUGCAAUGACAACAAUAAGGCAGAGAAGACAUGUGAACGUGUUCAGGCUGAAUCUCAGACAGAUAUUCAGACUUGCAGACACAAAGACAGGAGGAAAGGAUCACUAGAUGUCAGAUCCACAACAUCACGAGGGAGUGAUGGCAGCUCACAAAGGCGGCACUCUUCUAUGGCCAGGAUACAUUCCAUGACUAUUGAAGCACCCAUCACCAAGGUAAUAAACAUCAUCAACGCUGCACAAGAAAGCAGUCCCAUGCCAGUUGCAGAAGCUUUAGACCGGGUUUUGGAGAUUUUAAGAACCACUGAAUUGUACUCUCCACAACUGGGGACAAAAGAUGAGGAUCCACAUACAAGUGACCUCGUUGGAGGGUUAAUGACAGAUGGUUUACGAAGAUUAUCAGGGAACGAAUACAUAUUGUCAGCAAAACAAACUCAUCAGGUCGCUGGCAGUUUGAUCUCUCCAAUCUCCCUCAACGACAUACCCCCACGGAUAACACAGGCAAUGGAAAAUGAAGAACACUGGGAUUUUGAUAUCUUUGAACUUGAGGCUGCCACCCAUAAAAGGCCUUUGGUUUAUCUAGGUCUCAAAAUAUUUGCUCGCUUUGGAAUCUGUGAAUUCCUAAAUUGUUCAGAAUCAACUCUGAGGUCGUGGUUACAAGUUAUUGAAGCUAACUACCAUUCCUCCAACUCCUACCAUAAUUCUACUCAUUCAGCAGAUGUACUGCAUGCCACUGCUUAUUUCUUGUCUAAAGAAAGAGUAAAGCAAGCUUUGGAUCCAAUUGAUGAGGUUGCUGCACUCAUUGCUGCCACAGUCCAUGAUGUGGAUCACCCAGGAAGAACAAAUUCUUUCCUGUGCAAUGCUGGCAGUGAGCUAGCUAUUCUCUACAAUGACACCGCAGUCCUGGAGAGCCAUCAUGCUGCCCUGGCUUUCCAGCUCACCAUCCGGGAUGACAAAUGCAAUAUAUUCAAAAACAUGGAGAGGAACGAGUAUCGAACCCUUCGCCAAGCCAUUAUUGACAUGGUCUUAGCAACAGAAAUGACAAAGCACUUUGAGCAUGUCAACAAGUUUGACAACAGCAUUAAUAAACCCUUGGCAACACUAGAAGAAAAUGGGAAUAAUGGUGAUGGAGAGUCAGUCAAAAAUGUUCUCACGUCUCCUGAAAACCGUAUCCUUAUCAAACGCAUGUUGAUAAAGUGUGCUGACAUUUCCAAUCCAUGCAGACCUAUAGAACAGUGUAUAGAGUGGGCCGGACGCAUCUCUGAGGAGUACUUUGCACAGACUGAUGAAGAAAAGAGGCAAGGUUUACCUGUUGUGAUGCCAGUUUUUGACAGAAACACUUGCAGCAUCCCCAAAUCCCAAAUAUCAUUCAUUGAAUACUUCAUUACUGAUAUGUUUGUUGCCUGGGAUGUAUUUGCAGACCUGCCAAAUUUGAUGCAGCAUCUGGAUAAUAACUAUAAAUACUGGAAAGGACUAGAUGAAAGGAAGCUGCGGAGCCUUCGACCACCACCAGAAUAGCAAUUAGACCAUGUAUUACAGUAAGGCUAGCCCAUGCGCUUGGGGAACUUUCGAAUUCAAGAGAACAUGAGGUCAGCAGCUGACCUUGAAGAAUCUUCAUAAAAAGGACAUUCACUAGAAGAUUUUGCUUAAUCCUCAAUCCUGCAAGUGGAAAAGAAGUAUCUAUUAAUAGAGACUCACGGCUUUUAUGAGAAAGCUACAUGCUUUUUAUAAGCACUUAAGAGAGUUACGUAGAACAAUCAGACAUUUAAAAUACAACUCUCCAUGAAGGAAUUUUUGAUCUAUGAAAAAUAGAUGUACUCUAUUUUUUCACAUCACAGAAGGUGCAAUCAUUCACUUCUGAGCACUACUGAAAGUGAGUUCUCUUUAAGAAAUUUAGUAGCAAAUGUAAAAAAUAACACAAGAAUUUUUGAGGUUGAUCGUUAGCAUCUAU